UCUCAUUUUCGAAUUUUUUCGUGAUUACAAUACUUCCUCGCUUAUAGUGGUGUAAUAAGUAAGAAACACUAUAUAUGUGUUAUUCACUAGUCUAUUUAAUAAUCAUAGCAGUGUAGCUUAUAAUCUGUGGUGUCAUAGCUGCCAUCAGCUGUCAUUUUCAGUCAUCACCAUUCCCAUCAUUCACUUCUAAAUUCUCAGCUAAUACAACUUAAAUGGAGUCUCGCGAACACCUUGGAUAUUCGUACGAACAAAUUCUGCAAGUGGUGAAGUUUCUCAAACUAGUCGUACCCAACUUCAAACCAUUAGUAGGCGUAAUAUGCGGUUCAGGCCUAGGCCCUCUGGCGGACAGCCUCAGCGACAAGAUAGAAGUACCAUACGAAGACAUCCCUCUGUUUCCCGCGAGUACUGUCGUUGGCCACGGAGGCAAAUUGGUGUUCGGCACAGUGGGAGGAGUACCGGUGAUAUGCAUGAAGGGCAGAUUCCACGCGUACGAGGGGUACCCGCUAUGGAAAGUGGUUAUGCCGGUCAGGGUGAUGCGCCUUAUGGGGGUUGAGUAUUUGAUUGUUACCAAUGCAGCAGGAGGUAUACCUUCGUCGAUGAACGUAGGCGACAUAAUGAUAAUCAAGGACCACGUUAACAUGAUGGGCAUGGGUGGACAAAAUCCUCUGAGGGGCCCCAACAUUGAAGAAUUCGGUCCUCGAUUCCCAGCUAUGAACAAAACCUAUGACAGAGCAUUGGUGAAAGCAGGCUUGAAAAUAGCCGAGAGUCUGGGAAUGGAAGAUAUGACUCACGAAGGAGUCUAUGGUUGCGUUGGAGGACCUAAUUACGAGACCAUCGCAGAGUUGCUGAUGUUGCAGUCAUGCGGAGUAGACUCGGUUGGUAUGUCAACAGCCCACGAGGUGAUUGCAGCUGGACAUUGCGGCAUGAAGGUGUUCGGCUUCUCUUUGAUCACCAAUAAGGCCAUCUUGGACUACGACAGCUCCGAAGUUCCCAACCACGAGGAAGUCAUUGCUGCAGCCAAGGCCAAAGAAGCUAAGCUUCAGGGUUUCACGGAAGCUAUGAUCAAGCACAUGGGUAGUUUGAAGAAUGCAGGACCUCCUUCUAUGUGCAGUUGCGGUGGAAGACGUUAAACUUCAGAAAAGUGUGUCUUAAUUCGUACUUGUUCGAUAAACCUUCAAGGAAAGCGAAGAAAAGGAAAGGGAAUUGUCUGGAGGAUUCCUUGCUACAUAAUCGAAUGAAAUGACGUGCCACGUUCGAGAUUUGCGUGUCAACAGCCCAUGAAGUGAUCGUAGCUGCCCAUUGCGGUAUGAAGCUAUUCGCAAGCCAUUUUGGACUACGACUCCCAGGAGAUCCCUAAUCACGAAGAGGUUGUAGCUGCAGCAAAGGCCAAUGAAGACAAGCUGAAGACAUUUACGGAGAACAAGGUCAACUAUAUCGGGGGCCCUACGGAUCUGGCUUGUGCGGCUUCUGGCGAAGGGACGACUGUAACUUCGAUAGCUGAACCGACCGAAGCUGUAGCACCGAUAAAGCAGUUCGUACCAGGUGUUUGUCCUACAGCAAUAAUUCAACCAUGUCCUUGUGCCUCAACUGCUAAAUUCCAUCCUUCCCAACCACCUGUAUAUUCUGCUGAAAGCGUAUCGAUACAAGACCUUGGAGAAGACGAAGGAGAUAAGGAAGCUGCCGAUGCUGAACCAACAGAAGAAGUGGGGGAUGCUGGUGAAGCCCCGGAUGCCCUUUCUGAAAAAGCAGCUGCCGAAGAACUAGCUGAAGCUGCAGAAGCUCCUGCUAAAGAACCAGCUGAAGCUUCAAAAGCUCCUGCUAAAGAACAAGCUGAAGCAGAAGAAGCUCCUGCUGAAAAACCAGCUGAAGCUGAAGAAGCUCCUAUAGAUGAACCGGCUGAAGCAGUAGAAACUACAGCGGAAGAAUCUUAACCUCCUGCAGAAACUACUAUAGAAGAUGCUGCGGUAGACCCCGAUGCUUCUGAAGCGCCUCAAAAUCACGAUAUGCAAUCUCAAACUGUGGAAGAUAGAAGAGAACAAACAUAAAUUGCAGUUGAGGCAGUAGAUGAACCGAUUCGAGAAAUAGCUUUACAAAUUGAGGAAGCUACUACUGAGGAUGGGGUUGCAAUACAGACGCUUCCAGAAACUGCUGAAGCUGAGGUAGGAGUGGAGGAACCGCUUAGUGAAGAACUUGUGGAAGAAGCAACCUAAUCUGUGGAAGCGUCCACUGGAAGAACCGCUGAAAGAUUCGAAUGUGGGACCAAACACACCUAUUGAACCAUCAGAACCACCUGUACAGCAGACACGAGUAACGACAGAGGAACCUUGUAUCCCAUAUUUCAAAAAACUCCAUGUUCGUAAAAGAGGCGACAGAUGUCCAACCACAUGCCCUCCAUCGAAGAAGUAGAAUGAAUAAUAGCGAACACAGAAAAAGUAAUGCAUUCGUUAGUGAGAGAAGGAUUAAUGAGGCAAAGCUUUUUAGCCUAAACGUAGUGUAUAGUAUCCAAACAUGUACGUUAUGACUCCAUUAAAUAUAUAUGACAAA